UUGGGGUUUCAGGUAAAAGAUCCCGGAGAUGCUGCCUUCGCCAGAGAAAACAAACGGCGCUUCUGCUGUAUGAAUAUUGCAAUCACAGUCGAUCGUCAGGCAGCUGGUGUGAUGAUGAAUGCUGACGAUUGCAAUGGCCGUUCGUACAUGUCAGGUAAUGGAGAUUCUUCAACAGAGCGGGAGUUUUUUGCAGGGCUGAGAGGACCCACCGUGAGCACACCAAACAGUCAACAGUCCUCACCCAGCCGUUCACUCAGUGCUAACUCCAUCAAGGUGGAGCUGUAUAGUGACGAGGAGGCAGCUGGUGCUCCGCUAGCGGAAAGGAGAGUCGGCGAGAAGGAUGAAGGAUGGAAAGAUGAAAAGGGCGAGUUGGCAGAAGAUGGUGGCGUGGAGAUGGUUGGAGGUAUACGAGGGCAGGCUGAGAGCGGCUGCGGGGAGUUGGCCAGCUCUGAAUCCGCAUCCCCUGGUCCCAUUCGGCUGCCCAAUGGGAAACUUAAAUGUGAUAUAUGUGGGAUGAUCUGCAUUGGUCCCAAUGUUCUAAUGGUGCACAAGCGCAGCCAUACAGGUGAGCGGCCAUUCCAAUGUAACCAGUGUGGGGCCUCCUUCACUCAGAAGGGCAACUUGCUUCGUCACAUCAAGCUCCAUUCUGGCGAGAAGCCCUUCAAAUGCCCCUUUUGUAACUACGCCUGUCGCCGCCGUGACGCCCUGACAGGACACCUCCGCACCCACUCCGUGUCCUCCCCUACAGUAGGGAAGCCCUACAAGUGCAGUUACUGUGGCCGCAGCUACAAGCAGCAGAGCACCCUGGAGGAGCAUCGUGAGCGCUGUCACAGCUACCUACAGAGUCUGGACCACCAGCCGGCUCACAACACCCAGCCUGCACACGGUGAAGAGUCCCAUAAUGUGGAGAUGAUGUCUGAACCCCUGAUCCAGUCCUCCUCAGAGAAGAUGACCUUCAUUGAUCGGCUGGCCAAUAGCAUCACCAAGAGGAAGAGAUCUACACCCCAGAAGUUUCUGGGUAAGCCCAUUUCUUUGAAUACCUAA